UUUUUACAUGGAAGGUGGUUGUUGUCACACAGGCCAGGGCACAGGCUUGCAUAAUCUUAAAUUUUGUGGCAUGCUGUGUAGCUGAGUUCAAUGGAGACACUGAGGCGAGCGGUGCAAACUGUACCGUUGAAACACCCGUCUCUCCGUUGUUGCCGGUUUAACUCUUCAGCCAAGAGAAAUGACCGACCCAUCAUCGGUGUCAUGGCUCAGGAAGCUGCUUUUCCUAAACCCAACCGGACGUCUUAUAUUUAUGCCAAUCAUGUGAAAUUGCUGGAGUCGGCGGGAGCCCGAGUCGCCCCAGUCAAGAUAAACCAGACUGUGGAGGAGUACGAGAGACUGUUCAACUGCAUUAACGGGGUCCUCUUCCCCGGCGACCCCGUUUGCCCCAUCUCGUCUGCUUACGCAAGGUCCGCAAAAAUCUUUUAUGAGCUUGCUAUUGAGGCAAACAGGAAACAUGACUAUUUCCCAGUGUAUGGCAUCUGUCUGGGAUUGCAGAUACUGUGUGACUUGACAAGCGGAAACGACUUAUUCACAGUGACGGAGACAAAGGGUGUGUUGCUGCCUCUCAACCUCACUAAAGAUGCCAAAGGCAGCCGGAUGUUCAGUGGCUUCCCAGAUGAACUCAUGAAAGAUCUGGCCUCUGAGCCGCUGUCACAACACGCGCACAAGUGGAGUCUGGUGUUAUCUAGUUACAACUCCAAUGAGAAAUUGAAGAAGUUCUACAAAAUUCUCACCACGAGUACGGACGGGAAAGUUGAGUUUGUGUCCACGCUGGAAGCGUACGAUCACCCAAUCUAUGCCACUCAGUGGCACCCGGAGAAAAGUGCGUUUGAUGGCACAGAGCCUCACAGUCCACACUUUCCCUCAGCGGUCAUGACCACGUACUACAUCGCAGAGUUCUUCGUUGAAGAAGCCCGGAAGAACUUCCACAGAUUUGAAUCAGAGGAGGAGGAGAGGAAGGCGCUGAUAUACAACUACUCUCCUGUUUACACCGGGCCAGCGUCUGGCUUUAAGCAACUCUAUUAUUUUUUCUGAUAUACUAAAACAUCAUAAGAUACUUUAUUUAUUCCUCGUCGGGGGGGAAAUUCACUUGAAAUUAGACAACACAAAACAAGCAAGGGAUUAAAUUAAGGU